AAAAUUAUCUAUCACCCAUAUUUACAUACAAAGAUGGAUCAUCAAGAACCCACAACAGGCUUUCGUUUCUACCCAACUGAAGAAGAACUCGUCUCCUUCUACCUCCUCAACAAGCUCGAAUCCAAGCGCCAAGGCAGCAUUCGCCGCGUCAUUCCCGACCUCGACAUUUACAGCACAGAGCCAUGGGAUCUCCCAAGGUAUGCUGCGGAGUUGUGCCGUGGAGACACCGAGCAGUGGUUCUUCUUUACGCCGAGGCAGCAACGAGAAGCGCAAGGAGGGAGACCUAACCGGACUACGGCUUCCGGCUACUGGAAGGCCACUGGCUCCCCGGGGUAUGUUUACUCGUCGGAUAAUCGAGUCAUUGGAGUGAAGAAGACGAUGGUUUUCUACAAAGGGAAAGCUCCGACGGGAAGAAAGACCAAGUGGAAGAUGAACGAGUACAGAGCCAUUGAAGGAGCAGCAGCAGCUCCCUCAGCUGCUACCACUAGAAAUAGCCCUGCUACUACUACUACUACCAAUCCCAAGUUGAGGAAUGAGUUCCGACUGUGUCGAGUGUACAUAGUAUCGGGGAGUUCUCGAGCUUUUGAUAGACGCCCGCUGGAAGCAAGCGGCGACACAUCACAUCGACAAAGUGACAAUUUACUGGGAGCAAGUACUUCUUCAUCUCACCAAGCAACAAUGGUGGCAGAAAAAACAAGUUCAUCGUCUGAUACUCAUGGUUCAAAUUCAGGAGACCUAGCUGAUCUUCAAGCAUCAGAGACUACUGAUUGGGAAAUGAAUGAUGAUCUUGAACAACCUCUAUGGGAAUGGGAGCAGCUAAACUUACUCUAAACCGAUACGUAUUUAGAAAAAGAUAACGCUUAGGUGUGCGUAAUGAGCCAUACAUGUUUAAAGUUUAAGUA